CGCGUGCGCUCUCGCCGCCCACCCCGCUCCCUCAGACUUGCGGACUAGCGGCCUAGCCCGGUCUCGAGAUGGAUCUGGCCUCUGCCCGGCGCUCGGUGUUGGAGCUUCUCGGAGCCGUGUCUCCUGCGGACCUUCCUGCGCUUCUAGACUGGAUGCGAACCACGAGAGAUUUUGAUGAAUUCAUUCACGAUAAUAAUGACAUUAUAUUGAAAAACAUUGCAGAAGAUCUUCGGAAUUGCUUACCCCUAGAAACCAUGCUUCCUUCGGAGCAAGUAGCCAUUCAAAAAAUAAAACAGCAACCAGAGGCCAUAAUUCACAUUGAUGCAUUCCUUUAUGAUGAUGACUUUAUUGAUUCCUUAUGUGAGGAAGGAAAAAUGAGUAGAAACUACUGCAUGGCGUGUGGGUCACACCAGACUGCACCUUUAGGGUUUAUUUCUCAUUCCUUCUCCCCUUUGGAACUGAAGUUCAUCUAUCAGCACGUGCUCCCGGAUCUGUCUGGAAAGGUCUUGGUUGAUGUUGGUUCCAGGCUUGGCCCAGUACUUUUUGCGGGUUAUCUUUAUAGUUCAGCAUUGCAGCUACAUGGAGUGGAAAUGAAUCAAGACUUUUGCCAGCUGCAAGAAAUGAUCAUUGCCAAAUACAAGUUUACUGAUAGGAUAAAGGUGCAUCAUGCAAAUAUAUGUACUCAAGCCUCACUUCUUCAAAAUGCUGAUGUUGUUAUAAUGAAUAACGUCUUUGAAUAUUUUCUGGACAGAUCAGAACAGGCCAGAGCCUGGGAAUAUAUCAGCCAUAAUGUGAGGAAAAAAGGAACAUUAUUAGUAACAGUCCCAAGUCUUAAAGAAUCUCUCUCAAAUCUACAGGUGGCUAUACCUCUAAAUCAGUGGGUUGAAGAAGUACAGUUGAACUAUGAUGUAUAUACAGAAAAAGACAUCGAUAGAGAAUCACUUGAACAAAUUCAUUUGUACAAGAUCCUUUAGAAUUAAGAUUGACUUACUGUUUUAUUUAAUAUAUGUGAUACCUUAAUUAAAAUAUUUAUUUUCACUUUGACUUCUUUUAACCUGAUCUCUUUAGCAGCAAAUUCUAUAGACAAAGUUAAAAUGUGAAAAAAUGACCAUUCUAAACUCAAGUUCCACAAUUUUGUAACACCUAGAACAUAACAGGGUAUCCCAAAAGUCUGAGUGCAGAUUAAGUUUAUUUGAGCUCCAGUAUCCCUUAUUAAAGC